AUGACUCUGAAACCAUCGAAGCUCGAAGAUCAUCUAAGAAGGUAUCAACCUGAUGAUGUAGAAUUUCUGGAAACUAAAGAUCCAAAUUUAAAAGAAAAUCUGAUCAAAUUUAAAGCAGACAUUGCGUGUUUGACAGAUUUGUUCAACAAAUUUAAUGAAGUUAACUUGCAGUUACAAGGGGACAGCCUAAAUUUAAUAAAAAUGAGGGGUGUAAUUUCGGCUUUUCUUGGUAAAUUGAAAUUUAUCAAGCAAAAUAUUAGUCGGCACGAAUUCUCCCCGGUUCCAAACUUAUCACAUGCAGAAUGUCUUGAUGAGGGUAUUCAGACAUAUGCUCAACAAAUUACCCUGCAUGAUGACUUCAAAAAUAGAUUUGAAAAUAUUCUGACAAUGGAAAUACCACCAUGGCUCAUAAAUCCGUUUGAUCAAACGGAAGUGGCCAUUAUGGUAUUACUAGAGCUUAACACCAAUGAGGAGCUGAAGGUGAAAUUUAAGAACGGCUAUCAAACAUUUUGGCUGCAGGCAGAAAUACCCGAAAAAUAUCCUGGGCUGUGGGAAACAGCGAGAAAAUUUUCGGUAGCGUUCCUUUCGUCAUAUCUUGUCGAAAAAAGUUUUAGUUACCAACCUAUUAACAAAAAAAAGGAGCAGACUGAACAUCACAGAACGGGGAGAUUUGAGGUUAUUCCUUACAAAACUGAAGCCAAAUAUUGA